GCCGCAUCUCCUGCACCAAAAGCGCUUUUCCUAAAUCAAGUUCCGAUAAAAGCACAUUGCGGAAAGCACUAAUACGCCACCUGCUUCUUUCACCUUUUUUAGUUCUCUCAUUAAACCCUCCCUGUGCUGCCUAUGUACGCCACUAACGCACUCACGCACCCACGCAGUCGCUUUCCCAUGGCUUCACCUAGCUCCGUCAUCGCCUGGGGGUCAGGAGAAGAUGGGCAAUUGGGAAUUGGGAACAACGAAGAGAAGGAAUGGGUUUGCGUCGUCAAAGCUCUCGAGCCUCACCAAGUUAGUUCUAUCGUCGCCGGCAGUCGCAACUCCCUUGCUAUCUGUGACGACGGCAAGUUGUUUACAUGGGGUUGGAACCAGAGAGGAACUUUAGGGCACCCACCUGAGACCAAAACUGAGAAUAUUCCGAGUCAGGUCAAGGAGCUUGCUAAUGUCAAAAUUGUUCAGGCAGCUAUUGGUGGGUGGCAUUGUUUGGCUGUUGAUGAUCAAGGCCGAGCUUAUGCUUGGGGUGGUAAUGAGUAUGGACAGUGUGGUGAGGAACCUGAGAGGAAAGUUGAUACUGGUAGGCCUUUGAGAAGGGAUAUUGUGAUUCCUCAGCGCUGUGCACCAAAGCUUGUAGUUCGCCAGGUAGCUGCUGGUGGUACACAUUCUGUAGUGCUUACACGUGAAGGACAUGUCUGGACCUGGGGUCAGCCCUGGCCACCUGGAGACAUAAAACAAAUAUCUGUUCCUGUGCGUGUACAAGGUCUUGAAAAUGUGAGGCUUAUAGCAGUAGGGGCAUUUCAUAAUUUGGCUCUUCAAGAAGAUGGCACCUUGUGGGCAUGGGGCAAUAAUGAAUAUGGACAACUUGGCACUGGAGAUACCCAACCGAGAUCCCAACCUAUAUCUGUCCAGGGGUUCUCUGAUCUCACUUUGGUUGAUAUUGCAGCUGGUGGAUGGCAUUCUACUGCAUUGACUGAUGAUGGGGAGGUGUAUGGUUGGGGAAGAGGGGAACAUGGGAGGCUUGGAUUUGGUGAUAAUGACAAGAGCAGUAAAAUGGUGCCACAAAAAGUUAAUCUUUUAGCUGGGGAGGACAUUGUUCAGGUGUCUUGUGGUGGGACUCACUCAGUUGCAUUGACACGUGAUGGGCAAAUGUUUUCAUUUGGUCGAGGGGACCACGGACGCCUUGGAUAUGGGAGGAAGAUGACAACAGGUCAGCCAAUGGAAGUGCCCAUUCAUCUUCCCCCUCCAAAAAAUGUUAGCAGCAAUGAAGAUGCAGGACGCUGGAUUGCUAAGCUUGUUGCUUGUGGAGGGCGGCACACUCUGGCAAUAGCAGAAUGGAAGACUGAUGAAUCCAAGCUAUCCUGAUAUAACUUUAUGAAUGUCUGGCAGGAAGCCUAGGAGAUUAUGAGAUGUAUACUGACGAGGCUAGACUCGUCGGCAUAGAGAGGAUAUCCCAAUGGAUUUAUGUUUAUGGGGAGGAAAAUGGUGCCUGCUCUGCUCCUAAGCAGGCACUGAAGGGUAAACCAUUAAUUUUGAGGCAAUACUUAUCUGUUAAUGUUGUGUUCAAUGGUAUGUUUAAGUUGAAGAAAAUAGAAUGAAAGAAAAUUUUUUUU